GUGUUAGUUGGCAACCAAAAACCCCUUUAUGUGACUCACUCAAUCCAACAACCUCUCACACCACCAACCCCCCCAUAACUCAUAAGGCCAAAACCAUUUCUCACAAAACCCUUCAUUACACACAUUAUUAUCAUUAUCACACACACAAAAAACCUCUCAUUUCAAAGAGAGAGAGAGAUUUCACAGACCAAAUUGCAGAGGACGACAAAGUUCACAACUUCAAGGAAAAUCGAAAUGGCCCAAGUGAGCAGAGUGCACAAUCUUGCUCAAAGCACUCAAAUUUUCGGUCAUUCUUCCAAUCCCAACAAACCCAAAUCGGCGAAUUCGGUUUCAUUGAGGCCACGCCUUUGGGGUCCCUCAAAAUCUCGCAUCUUGGUGAACAAAACUGGAAGCUUUAUGGGAAAUUUUAAUGGGGGGAAGGGAAAUUCCGGCAUGUUUAAGGUUUCUGCCUCCGUCGCCGCCGCCGCAGAGAAGCCUUCGACGGCGCCGGAGAUCGUGUUGGAACCUAUCAAAGACAUCUCGGGUACCAUCACAUUGCCAGGGUCUAAGUCUCUGUCCAAUCGAAUUUUGCUUCUUGCUGCUCUCUCUGAGGGAACAACUGUUGUAGACAACUUGCUGUACAGCGAGGAUAUUCAUUACAUGCUUGGUGCAUUAAGGACCCUUGGACUGCGUGUGGAAGACGACCAAACAACCAAACAAGCAAUUGUGGAAGGCUGUGGGGGAUUGUUUCCCACUAUUAAAGAAUCUAAAGAUGAAAUCAAUUUAUUCCUUGGAAAUGCUGGUACUGCGAUGCGUCCUUUGACAGCAGCUGUAGUUGCUGCAGGUGGAAAUGCAAGCUACGUACUUGAUGGAGUGCCCCGAAUGAGAGAGAGGCCAAUUGGGGAUUUGGUUGCUGGUCUUAAGCAGCUCGGUGCAGAUGUUGAUUGCUUUCUUGGCACAAACUGUCCACCUGUUCGUGUAAAUGGGAAGGGAGGACUUCCUGGCGGAAAGGUGAAACUGUCUGGAUCAGUUAGCAGUCAAUACCUAACUGCUUUGCUUAUGGCAGCUCCUUUAGCUCUUGGCGAUGUGGAAAUUGAGAUUGUUGAUAAACUGAUUUCUGUUCCAUAUGUUGAAAUGACUCUGAAGUUGAUGGAGCGUUUUGGAGUUUCUGUGGAACACAGUGGUAAUUGGGAUAAGUUCUUGGUCCAUGGAGGUCAAAAGUACAAGUCUCCUGGCAAUGCUUUUGUUGAAGGUGAUGCUUCAAGUGCCAGUUACUUCCUAGCUGGUGCAGCAGUUACUGGUGGGACUAUCACUGUUAAUGGCUGUGGCACAAGCAGUUUACAGGGAGAUGUAAAAUUUGCUGAAGUUCUUGAAAAGAUGGGAGCUAAGGUUACAUGGUCAGAGAACAGUGUCACCGUUACUGGACCGCCACAAGAUUCUUCUGGUCAAAAAGUCUUGCAAGGCAUUGAUGUCAAUAUGAACAAGAUGCCAGAUGUUGCCAUGACUCUUGCCGUUGUCGCACUAUUUGCUAAUGGUCAAACUACCAUCAGAGAUGUGGCAAGUUGGAGAGUUAAAGAGACUGAGAGGAUGAUAGCAAUCUGCACAGAACUCAGAAAGGUGAGUGUCUUGCUAAUUCCUUUAUGGUUUCGAUAUUACUGGACUUUUUACAUCUCACUGACCUACUCUGUCUUGGUAUUUCAGCUAGGAGCAACAGUUGAAGAAGGUCCUGAUUACUGUGUGAUUACUCCACCUGAGAAAUUGAAUGUCACAGCUAUAGACACAUAUGAUGACCACAGAAUGGCCAUGGCAUUCUCUCUUGCUGCUUGUGGGGAUGUUCCAGUAACCAUCAAGGAUCCUGGUUGCACCAGGAAGACAUUUCCCGACUACUUUGAAGUCCUUGAGAGGUUCACAAAGCACUAAGCAUUUUGUACAUUGAGUAGGAAGAGAGAGAGAGAUAAAUACUCACAAAACAGUGAGUAUAUGCAUGGCUUGCUUUUGUUUCUUAACAUUCCCUUGUAAGAACUUGAGAUAAUUUGUAUUGUUGGAAAGAGCUAUUGAUUCUGUUGUAUCAAAGUAAUUUAAUUUCCAGUACAGACUUGGCUCUAUUCCUCAUAUGUGGUGGUGUACAUUGCAUCUUUGCAUUUGAUCCCAUUUCUAUUGGGAUAGGACCAUACCUUUUUUUGUUUAUUAUUCAAGUCAAACUUAGCAGAUAA